CAUCCCUCGGAUCUCUCGCUGCCGCUCUCGGUCCACCCUCUCGCGCAGCGGUGCCGAGUCUCAUCUCGCUGCGCUUACGCCCUCGAGCAGGCUCGACACACACCCUCCGCAGCGCUUGUGCCGCUUGAAGCUGCCCCACGCGCCGCGCACCCACGCAGCCUACGCUCGGGCCUCUCCUUCUCGCCCUAGCGCACGCGCAGCAGCAGCAGCAGCAGCCGGGCUCUGCCGCCGCUUUGCCAUCGCACGUCCCACACCGCGCUGCUCUCGUCUCCGCGACCCUCACGACCCUGCCACGACUGCACUUCCAUCGCGCGCCUCAUCUCGCGCGUCUAGCUCGUGUCUGCGCCGCGCACCGCUCUCUCUGCUAGACAGCGCCGGGCACACGCCUGCACAUCGCCGUCGUUAUGUCAUCGACGCCGCGCAGCCGGCUCUCCGUCGGCGGCGCCAUUCUGGGCGGCGGCGAGAGCUCGUCGUCGGGCGCCACGCAGACGUCCGUGCAAGUCGCUGUGCGCAUUCGCCCAGUGACUGAGCAGGACCUGCAGUCCAUUCCCUCGCGGUGGCGCCGCAGCAUCCUCAACCCACUCUCCGCCACGUCGCUCGCCGUCGAGCCGGGAGGCCCGCCGGGCGAGGGCGCCACGGCCGCCUCGGGGCCCUCGAAGCGCCAGGCAUUCAGCUUCGACCGCGUCCUCUCGCCCGAGGACGGCCAGGCGCAGGUGUAUGCCACUGUGCAGACGCUGAUUCCGCGCUUUCUGGAGGGCUACAACGCCACGAUCCUCGCGUACGGCCAGACGUCGAGCGGCAAGUCGUACACGAUGGGCACGGCGUCGGGCGACGUCGACUUUGAGUCGCUCGUGGCCGGCCAGGCGCCGGACCCGCAGAUGGGCAUCAUCCCGCGCGCCGUGGCGCAGAUCUUUGCGCACAUCAAGCAGACGCAGGCGCGCAGCGGCGCCGUGCAGUUCAGCGCGCGCGCCAGCUUCAUCGAGAUCUACAACGAAGAGCUGAUCGACCUGCUCGCCGACACAGUCGACGGCAGCCGGCCGCACGUGCAGAUCCGCGAGGACAAGGCGGGGCACAUCAUCUGGUCGGGCCUGCGCGAGGUGCCCGUCAAGACGGUGGCCGACGUGAUGAACCACCUGCUGCAGGGCUCGAGCGUGCGCCGCACCCACGAGACGGAGAUGAAUGCGCAGAGCUCGCGCUCCCACGCCAUCUUCUCCCUAACCCUUACGCAGCGCAAGUAUGUCGGCGGCAGCACGCCGCCGCCGCCGAGCGCCAUGCGGCCGAUGAGCACCGUCUAUGGCGGGCGCACCACGCCGACGGGCCGCACGACGCCCAGCGGGCGCUCCUCGUCCUCAGGCCUGCCGCGCCCUGCAUCUGGCAUCCCGACGCCGGGCCGCCAGAGCAUGGCAAGCCCGACGCCUGGCUCGCGCGCCAGUACGCCGAGCAUGUAUGCUUCGGGCGGCCUGCGUCCGGCCUCGGUCGCGGGCCACCUGCGCGUAGCAAGUCCGCUGCCGGACGAGGCUGGCAAGGACGGCGAGUGGGUGACAAUCACGAGCAAGUUCCACUUUGUGGACCUGGCUGGCUCUGAAAGACUCAAGCGCACAGCUGCGAUGGGCGACCGUGCGAAGGAAGGCAUCUCCAUCAACGCCGGUCUGCACGCGCUCGGCAACGUCAUCUCGGCGCUCGGCGACCCGGCCAAGGCCAAGCGCACGACGCACAUUCCUUACCGCGACUCGAAGCUCACGCGCCUGCUGCAAGACAGCCUGGGCGGCAAUGCACACACGCUCAUGAUUGCGUGCGUGUCGCCGACGGAGUACAACGUCAGCGAGACGGUCAACACGCUGCAGUACGCCAAUCGCGCACGCAACAUCAAGAACAAGGCCGAGCUGAACGAGGUCGAGGUGGGCUGGGACGACGUGGAGCACCUGCAGGCCGUCGUGCUCAAGCUGCGCAAGGAGCUCGCGGCGCUCAAGGCGGCGAGCAAGGGCGCGCCGGGCGGCGCCGCGGCGCUGCGUGCCAUCGAGCAGAAGGACGAGCUUGAGUGGCGCGAGAAGUACACGACGCUCUCGCAGAGGCACUCGCAGCUCACUGCCGAGCUCACGAAGCUGCAGCAGCUGACCAAGGGCCAGACGUCAAACGAGAUGAGCGACGACUUCCUCGCCGCCGCUGAGCCGAUCAUCGUCGAGUACGAGAAGACGGUCGACUCGCUCGAGGGCCAGAUCAACCUGAUGAAGGCGGCGCUCGCGCACUCGGAGGAUCUGAUCACCGAGCAGGAGGCCAGCCUGGCUGAGCAAGAGGCACGCGCUGCUGCUGCCGAGCAGGCGCUCGAGGCACGCGAAGCCACGCUGCUCGAGCUGCAGGCGCGCCUGGCCAAGCUGCACGACCGCGAGUCGUCCAACGACGGCUACGUGCGCGAGCUCGAGACGCAGCUGCAGACCAUCACGACGCAGGGCGACAGCGACUCGCAGGUGCUGGCCGAGCUGCGCAAGGAGCUCGUGCGCCUGCGCCAGGGCGAGGGCCAGACGGAGCAGUACGUCAAGGAGCUCGAGGCGCGCCUGGCCAAGGCAGAUGAGAGCGCGACUUCGCUCUCGGCGCAGGUCGAGCGGCUCGAGGCGGACCUGACUCGCCGGGAGGAGGCCUUUGUCGAGCUGAGCCAGCGGCAGGACACGGCGGACAUGACGAAGCAGACGAAGGAGCUGUUCGAGGAGCUCGACGGGCGUGACCUCAAGCUGCUGGACCUCGAAAAGCGCCUCGAUGAGCUGCGCGACGAGCGCGACGAGGCCGUGCGCGAGCGCGGCCGCCUCAACGAGUCGAUGGCGGCGCACGAGCUGGAGCGUGGCGAGCUGGAGGACCGCAUCCGAGAGCUGCAGACCGCCGCAGCUGCGGCAGGCGCGCUCGCACUCGGCGCGGGCGCUGGCGCUGCUGUUGCUGUUGCGCUCGACGACGACCACCCCGCCGCUUCUCGCGACGUCGACCCGGUCGCACAGGCAAGCGCAGACGCCAGCGAGGCCAAGCUUGUCGCGCUUCAGCAGGACGUCGAGGCACUGCGCGAGGCUGAGACCAAGGCGCGUGCCGAGGGCGAGGCGCUCAAUGCCAAGUACCGCGAGUCGCUGGCGGAAAUCCACUACCUCAACCAGCAGGUCACCGAGCUCAAGCUCUCGAACGGUGCGCCGCGCACUCCCAAGCCGAACGGCGUGGGCGAGGAUGACCUCGAGGUGCUUGCGAGCUCCAGCGACGUGGGCGCCGAUGACGUGCCGUCUGCGAUGUCGCGCCGCGAGUCGACACAGUUCUCGCCGAGCAGCUCGCGCGCCGCACGCAUGAACGGCAGCAAGCGGCCCGAGAGCUUGCUGCUGGACCGCGUCUCGCUCUCGCGGCGCUCGUCGGGCAGCUUCGUAGGCUACAACCCGCGUGACCGCACGCCGCGAGAGAACUCGGCGCUCUCGCCGCUGCAUGCACCCGCUGGGGCAGAUGCGUUGCCCGUGAGUGCGGCCGCAGAGUCGUCGCCCGCCUCCGGACAUGUGCGCACACGCUCGCUCUCCCAGCACGACGCAUUCACGGGCGGGCGCCGGCCGCUCUCGCUGGCAAGCUCCAUCCUGCCCUCCGGCCUCAAGAUCGCCGGCGCCAAUGGCGACCUGUCCUCUCCCUCGCCACUAUCGAGCGGCUACGAGCGGCAGAUUGCCAGCCUCGAGAAGGAGACGAUGCGCCUGCAAGAAGUGCUGCGCGAGCGCGACGAGGAGAUCGCAGCGCUCGAGGCGGCAAGCAAGGCGCGCAACAACUCCGUGCCGGAGAUCCGCACGAUGCACACCUCCGAGUCGCACUCGACGCUUGCCUCGGACGGGACAGGGACGGAUGGCGCCUCGGACUCCGAUGCGCUCUAUGUCCAGGCCCUUUCGCGGCAGGAGUCGCAGCAGUCGACUGCCAGCGCACCGCUCACGCCCAUCACCGAGCGCGAGAUCGCCAGCAUCAAGCAGCUUAUUGCCGAGACGCGCGAGGAGCAGACCGACGGCAGCGAAGGCAUCACGCGCUUCGACGACCUGAUGCGCUCGAUGGCGCGCAAGGAGACGACGCAUCGCGAGCGCAUCGAGGAGCUGACGCAAGAGCUGGGCACGCAGAAGCGCGACUACGAGGCGCUGCAGCAGCUCUCGCGCGACCAGGCCGCCAACAUGGCGCAGGAGAUCGAGAACCUGCGCGCGCGCCUGAGCGAGAGCGACGGUCUGCUGGGCACGCCAAGAGCGGCAGGAGUAGCGCUCGGCACGGCCGGGCUCGGCGCUGCUGUCGGUGCCGCCGGCGCGAUGGCUCUGCAGCAGGACAAGCCGCAGGUCCCCAACGAGGUCGAUGAGCCAGUCUCCGAGGCGACCCGCGCGGCGCCUUCGAAUGACGAAGCGUUCAAGGCAGAGGCGAGCCGGCUCGCUGCCGACCUCGAGCAGGCCAAGGAGCAGCUUUCUGCACGCGAGAAGGCCUUCGAGGAGCAAUUGCAAGCAGCACGAGACGACCACGCCAGCAUGCUCUCCGGCCGCGCCACUGAGCACGAGCAGGCUCAGGCAGAGCUUGCGCGCGCCCACACCGAAGCCGUUGCGCGUCAGGCCGCCGAGCAUCAGGAGCUCGCACGCCAGACCAUCGCUCAGCACGAGCAGGCCAUUGCGUCGCUGCAAGAGGAACAUGCCCUGGCUCUUGCAUCCGCACAAGAACGCGAGGCAGCUGCGGUGGCCGCAGCGCGUGAGGCUGCCCUGCAAGAUGCGCAGCGCGAGCAUGCCGUUGCGCUCGAGCAGCUGCAAGGAAGUCAUGCCGAAGAGCUCCAGCGCGUGCAAGCUCAAGCCGCAGAAGGGGCUCAGCAGCUGGUGUCCGAUCAUUCUCGCGGUCUGGACGCGCUGCGCGAUGAGCACCGCUCGGCAACCGAGGCCAGCUCCUCCGCACACGCGGCAGCCCUUGCAGCGACCGUCGCGGCUGUCCACGAGGAGCACGCGCGUUCGCUCAACGAGUCUGACGCGGAGACGCGGCAACGGCACGUCGAGGCGCUUGAGGAGCACAAGCUUGCUGCCGACGAGCGUCUGGCGAAGGACCUCGCUGCGGCCAAGCUGGCGCACGACGCUGAGCUCAGCAGCUUGCAAGGCGAGCACGGCACGAUCUCGGCGCACCUCGACGAGCUCAAGGCAGCGCAUGCCGCUCAGCAAGAGCAGCACGCCGCUAACCUUGCAGCAGCUGUGGCUCAGCGCGAGUCUGACGUCAGCAAGCUGGCCAGCGAGCACGAGCUCGCCGUCCUCGGCCUUCAGGCACAGCACGAGCAGGCGCUGGGUGCCCAGGCCGAAGCACACGACGCGGCCCUUCGAUCGCUGCGCAGCGAGCACGAGCAAAUCGUUGCCGCGCUCCGCGAGGGUCACGAGAGUGCCGCUCAGGAGCAGAUUGCUGCUCACGAGGCACAGCUCCAGGCUCUCCGCACGGAGCAUGAGGCCAACGUGGCUCAGCUCAACGCCGACAAUGACGCCGCGACUGCGUCUUUGCUGAACGUGCACGGCCUCGCGCUGACGGGCCUGCGCGAGCAGCUGGAGGCGUCGUCUGCCGCUAAGCUCUCGGACCGCUCGGACCGCAACGCGCUCCUUGCCAGCCACUCGGAAGCUCUGCGCAGCUCCGAGGAGCAGCUCUCACAAGCACGGCUCGCUCACGAGCAGGCGAUCGAGUCGCUCAAGUCGGAGCACGCUACGGUUCUCGUCGCAGCGCAGUCUGCGGCGGCCGCCUCGGCUCAGGCCGACCACAUUGCCGCGCUCGACGGUUUGCGUGCCGAGCAUGCCACCGCCCUCGAUGCCCUGCAGACCCAGCACGGCGAAGCGCUGGCAAGCGCUGAGCGGGAGGCAAGCGAGGCUCGGCAAGCCCUUGCCAGCCUGCAGGACGAGCACGCAGCACAGCUUGCGCAGGUGCGCAGCGACCAUGCAGCAGCGUCGGACAGCUACAUGCGCGAGCGCGCCGCGCUGCAGGAGGAGCACGCCAGUGCACAGCAGCAGGUCAAGGAGCUUAUGACGGCCCACUCGCGUCGUCUGAACGCCCUGACCGAGGAGCACAGCAGCAAGCUCAAGGAGCUCGAGGACUCGCAUCGCCAGCAGCACGACGAGUUGCAGCACGCGCACGCCGAGCUCGAGGAUCGCCACCGCGACCUGCUCGAGCAGAACCCGCACGAGGUCGAGGUGCUGCGCACCGAGCUGGCCGAAACGAGUGAUGCGCUCGUCACGCUCGAGGCUGCACUGACCGAGGCGCAGGAGGAGCGCGACCGGUUCGCCGAGGAGCUCGAGAUGCUGCGUGGCCCGGAUGCCGAGGGCAACGUGCACCAGGAACUCGCGGCGCUGCGCAAGAAUCUCGACCAGCAGCAGGCGAUCCUGGCUAAUGCGCGCUCCGACCUGCUGCGCACGAAGAGCGACAUCCAGGGCCUGCUGGAGGAGCGCGCUCGCCAAGACUCGCUGCUGUGCGAGGCGCAGAUCAAGCUGACCAUCGCCGAGACGCGCAACAAUCGCUCGCGCGACAGCGGCAGCACCAACAACACGCCGCCGUCGGAGGGCUAUGCCAGCGCCACGGGCGAGUUCACGCCGGCCAACGGCCGCUCGCGCUCGCCCAUGCCGCGGCGAGGCUCCGACGACCAGGUCGCCUCGUCGUCUGACCACCGCGGCAGCGGCUCGCGCAACCUCAGCGUCUCGACCAACAAGCCUCCGCCGCUCACGCCGCCCCCGAACAUGCCGCCGCCGCCGACGCCCGUCGCCGCAGGUGGCACGACACCGACGCAGCGGCAGACCUCGGGCGCGCGCACAUCGACGUCGUCGAUCCUCUCGCGGCCCGACUCGCCCGAGGGCCUGACGCGCUCUUCGUCCGUCACGUCGAUCACGGCCUCGAACCCAAGCCUCAGCGGCCUGGCGCAGAGCGACAUCAAGACGGCCAAGCUGCUCAGCGACCAGGCCGAGGAGAUCAAGAGCCUCGCCAAGCAGCUCAACCACUGCGAGCAGGACCUGCAGGCCAACAUCGACCUCGUCGCCACGCUCGAGGCGGCGCUGAACGACAGCGAGCGCAACCUGCGCAAGUCGCGCGUGCAGCUCUCCGAGGUGACGCGCGAGCGCGACCGCUACUCGGCACAGGCCGACGAGCUGCGCGCGCAGGUCUCCGCGGCGCAGCAGGAGGCCGACUCGGCGCGCAACAGCGUGCUGGCCGAGAAGCAGAGCUACGAGAGCCGCCUGCAGGCGGAGCGCGAGGCCAAGGAGAAGGCCCGCCGCGCCCUCGAGGCGCGCCUGGAGGAGGUGCAGAAGAAGAAGAACUCCAAGCUCUUCUGCAUGUAGUCGCCGCCGCCGUCCGAUGCGCCUCUCAUGUCCGGUCCCGCCUAACGCCCUUCGCAUACCUACCCAAGCCUGCUGCCCCUCACACCUUUCGUCUGUGCCACGCCGUCACCUAUCAAUGAACUGUGCCU